AUGUCAUCUACCGAUGAUCUUGAUAUGAAAAAAAUCUCGUCAACAGGUAAUAAAUAUCAUAUUCCUGUCAUAUGUAAUAUUGAUGAGAGUGGCUAUUAUUAUGGCAGUUAUUACGAUAAAUUCUUCAAACUUACUGGAUUUUUUCAAGCCGAAACACAUGAAGAGAUGCUUAAACAAUGUUACGACUCAUUUACAAUGUGUAUGAGAGGUGAAGAGAAAUUUCCAUUUAAUGUUAAUGAUAUCGAAAAUGCGGUCGUAUUUGAUGAAAUUAAAUGUGAGACUGAAGAAGAAAUGGAUCUUGCUUAUGAUAUAGAAGAAGCAGGACAAGGUUUUAAAGAAAUUAUGGAAGCAAUUAAUCAGUAA